AUGAAAUUUUUUGUAUUUCACCUUUUAUUUAUUUUGUUGUCAUACAAUAGUUUUGCUUAUGUGCUGAAUAAAAAUAUUAAAACUCUGAGCUUAUCUUCGAAUAUUUAUAAGAAAAAUCUCUUUUAUAGAAAAAAAAAUAUAAGACCAUUAAAAAUUUAUGUUUAUCCAAGUUUUAUAAAAAAUAUAAUUAAACCUUUAGAAAAUUCAUAUUUUAGAAAUUAUUUUAUGUAUCGAUCCUUAGCUCGAAUAUGUGUAUCAUUAAGUAGUGCAUUUUCCUUAGGUGCAAAAUUAUACUUAUAUAAAAAAAAUAUGAAUAGUCUAUUUUUAACACAAUUAUUGAUGAAUAAUGAGAUACUUAUAAAAAUAUUAAAAAUAUGUUGGUUAUACAAAUUAAGUCAUUUUAUAGAUAAAAAUGUAAAAUUAUGUAGAUAUCUGUCCACCGUUUUUUAUAUUAUUAGUAUAUAUCUAGAUAUUUUUUCAACAUACAAUCUAGCAAAUAAUAUAUAUAUUUAUUAUUUAUUUUAUUCUUUAUCUUCCAUAUUAAAAAGUUUAAGUAUAUUAACCUACACUUCUAUUAGAUCAAAUAUUAAUUUUCAAGUCUAUCAAAUGCUAACAUUAGAAAAAAAAAAUAAUGAAAAGGAAUAUAAAAUAACCAAUACUUCUCAUAAAAAUAAUACGCCUAUCGAUAAAUAUAGUCAUAGUAGUUCUAAUAGUAGUGUAGAGCAUAAUAAUAUUCAUUGUAAUGAUGAUGGAACCAUAAAUAAAAAUAAUAUAUUAAAUGAAUCUCCGAAAUAUGGACACAAUAAUAAAGAAAAUAUCUAUUUAAAAAAUAAGGUAAUUCAUAACACCAAAGAUGUACACAACAAUUUAGAUGUUCAUAGUGAACUUAAAAAUACAGAUGAAGAAUAUAAAAUAUAUCAUAAUCAUAUUGAAAAAAAUAAAUUAUCUAUUAAUACAAAAAACUUUUGUAUAGGAGAAAUAAGUGUUAUAAUUGAUUUAUUAUCCACCCUAGUAGACUUAUCUACUAUACUUUUCUUGUUCCAAGCAACAAAAUUUAUAAAACAAAAUUUGUGCUUUUAUAUCUUUAUAUCAUCAUUGCAUUUAUUCUUUUCAUAUAAAGAGAUACAAUAUUUGUUAAUAUAA